AUGAUGUGCUACUCAAUUGCUUUGCGCCUUGUUGUCACCGUGGCAGGGAGUGUCACGGUGGAAGACGGGGCUUGUGUAUCAGGCCAUCGUCUCUUGCAGCGCACGUCCGUUGUGGAAUCCUCGCAGGUGAUGGGCUGCGGCAUGGGCACCGCGGGGACUUGCGAAACCAAUACCGACCGAGUGUAUCAGCUUGCAAACCUUGUGCCAGGCGACGGCGAUGUCUUUUUUGACACAUUUGUGAAGGUCUGGAUGGAUGUGACCCCUUUGCAGGGCUACAUCUUCUGCAUCGGGGACCGACCGGGAUCUUGGAUUGUGGGCGACGAGUAUGGCACAAGCUCGCAGCUGUACGAUUCAUACCAAGGCCUCACCUAUCUGCGGAACUUGUUCAUUUCCCCAGAUGAUGCCGAGGACUGGGGCACUGUAGGCUAUUACACCAGCCUAUUUUGUCCAGCGGCCACCACUGCAGAUCAGUAUACUGAGCUGAAGGUGGCCUUUGCCUUCAACAAGUGUGGCACGACGAAGGUGAACUUUAUGCUUUCCAUCAGCCCCGACACUUUCGAGUGCUUCGUUGAAAAGUUGGCGCCAGUUCUCAGUCGUGCUGUGGGCUUCUUGCCUGAGUUUACUUUCGGCGUUUCUUUAGAUAAGAAGUUCUCGAAGACGGUGCGUCUGGCUCACGGUGAUGGAGAUGACAUCCGGGUCCAGGACAUCACCAUGGCCGGUCAGCUUGGGCUCAGUGCCACCCUGAGGAUCUCCGUCGGCCAGGUCUUGGGCUGUGACGACACGCUGGGCGACAUCCUGGCGGGGGAUCUCCAGGCCCAGGCACUCCUGGCUUACGAUGGGGACCUCGAGACUCCGCUCAAAGCCAUCGCUUCGGCCAGUGUCACCGAGACUUUGCCCGAUCUCUUGGCUGGUUUUGCCUCUGCCAUGCGCGUGGGCCCAGCAAUGGCGGCCACGAUCCUCCGCCAGGCUGGAGCGAAUGGUGAUGUGGUCGAGCUCAUCGAGGAGAUGCAGCGCUCCACCUUCAUGUAUGUGCUCAACGGCUACGUCACCCUCGAACUGUCAGGACCGACGACUGGCAUUUUGCCUGAUCUGUCCUUCCAGCUGUUUUCGACUUCCAUGAUGUUGAGGACUGGCCCUGCGUCCACGAGAACCAUCCAAAAAACCGUUUGGGUAAAGGGCGGAAAUGGUCAAGUGUGCAAUGCUGUGUGUGCAAGCCGCGGCUAUGGCGGGUGUGACAAGACCCAGAUGGCCGGACUUACGACAAAUGAGAAGGUGGCUGAAGCCUUUCUGAGUGCAGGGUACACCUGCCGGAGUUUCCAUGCGGCCAGGAACUACGCGGGAACGCCCUUCUCGAAAGCCACGGCAUCAGACGAUUGUGCCCCCGUCAUACCCGGAACAGCUGCGAGCAUCAUUAACUGUGACACCAACGCGUUUGUACAUCAUGCACCUCUAUGUGCAUGCCCUAUGGAAGAAGAGCAUGUUGACGACAGCCUUGCAACCUCCCACCUUCCCGGGCUCUACUUCUACCUCUCAGCGGACAUGGGUGACUUUGUGGAAUCCAUCGUUGAGAAAACCUUGGGGCAAGUUGGUGGCUUGUUGGAUGUUGUGGGUGUUGACGUAGACGCCGGCAUUUCACUGUCUGCGCAGAUGGGCAUCGGCUUCUUCCUGAACACUGCUGCUGUCGGAUUCGAUGCGGAGGCGAUCAUUGGAGGAUCGGCGACUUCCAUCAAGUGCAUCUUCAAAUUCAGCAAUCAAAGGCUCAGGUGCAAAGCACGACUGGGUUGGGCUGAACUCUUCCUCAGUGCUGGCAAGUUUGUGUUGAACAAGAUCGAUGACUUCGCCGGCAAUGGCGCGCAGGAAAUUGCGGAGUUUUAUUCGGAUCAGGUAGGCGGCACAGGCAUGAAAUUUGCCAAGAGCGUAGUAAACAAAGGCAAGAAGGUCGUGAACAAGGUGAAGUGCAAGCUGAGCAAUAUGCUCGGAGGCACGUGUGGAAGGUCUGGUGGCACUCCUAGCAGCUGCGGAGAUGGCACCGAGUAUGUCAUCAGGGAUGAACAGGAUAAGUGCCUGCAAGCAUCCCCGGAUUGCUACGAGCCAGAUGACGAUGGUAAGGUGUACUUUUACCGCGGGACUUGCAUUCCUGCAUUUCGCGACUGCACUCACACAUCUAGCAGCUACUCAGAGCAGAUGAAGCAGUACUGGUGGUACACCAAAGAUCGCAAGCUUUGCAACGAGUUCUUGCACAACAUGUACAUUGCCGACAUUGAUGACCCGGACAACAACCCCAAGUGCCUGCAACUGCACGAUCAACACAUGUACUUCACCACCGAGGAGAGCGAGUCUGCUGCAUCCGUCGGCAUCUCAAAGACUGACACAGAAAGGUUCAAGAUUUUCCUCCACGACGUCACUGGUCCGUACGGGCAGGUCUGCUUUCAAAGCUCUGGCGCAGGCGAGACGCUGGACCAAGGCAGGCGCCGGCUGGCUCAGAAGGUCUUCGUCCGUGGCUACGACGGUGGACGACGGCGGCGACGCUGCUCCAAAGACGGAGCCAAGAAAUGGCGCAUUUACCAGAAACUCGAGCCAGGCAACGGCGCAAACUACGACAAGGAGAACGGAGAUGCGCAAUUCAACAAUGGGUGCUCCUGA